AUGGCCGAUGAUUCCCUACUCCCAGGAGAAGUUAUCGGUAUCAUUAUUGGUGCCGUGGCACUAUUCUCCAUUAUCAGUGUCGUCCCCAUGCUCAUAAUGUGGAUUCAUCGACGACAUGCUCCUACGCGCCGGGCUCCUGCGCGCCGGACCAGUGAAACACUCAACCUGACUUCAUCCAUGCAGCAAGUCUCCGUCGACAGGUGGCUUGCUGAACAAAAUACACCUAGCGAUGCUUCUCACUAUGCUCAGGAUACUUGUGCUAUCUGUCUCUCCCCUCUUUCAUCUUCCCCUUAUCUCUCCACGCUUGAACUUGCACAUUUACCCGACACUCCACCCAGCAAACCCAACGACGAAAAGCAUCGACACGACCCACUGGGCGAAAACUGCAUAAUAGUCCUCAAUCGAUGUCAUCAUGCCUUUCAUUUGAGCUGUCUCACGUCUUGGUUCGAAUAUCGACGAUAUAAGUGCCCUAUUUGUCAGGCUUCAUACUCACCCGACGAAACGAUGUGUUAA